GUGAGCUUUGUGUACGAGUUAAACAUGUCGACCAGCAGAGAUUUUGACUGCAUAGUGAUCGGGGCAGGCGUCCAGGGCUCCUUUACAGCCUAUCAGCUGGCAAAAAAGAACAAGAAGACUCUGCUGUUGGAGCAGUUUGUACUGCCCCACAGCCGAGGGAGUUCCCAUGGCCAGACCCGCAUUAUCCGCAAAGCCUACGAGCAGAACUUCUACACCCACAUGAUGGAGGAGUGCUAUGAACUGUGGGCUCAGCUGGAGAGAGAGGCAGGAGUGAAAUUGUACAGACAAACAGGGCUCCUGGUUAUGGGACCAGAGAAAAGUGCAAAUUACCAAAAUAUUAAGGACACCCUUCAAAGAAACAAGGUCCCCAUGGUUGUCCUGACCCAUGACAACUUUAGUCAGCACAUUCCCAAUGUCAACUUGGCUAAGGGAGACGAAGCACUGGUGGAUACAACUGCUGGAGUUCUAUUUGCCGACCGGGCACUCAAAACCGUCCAGGAGCAAUUUCUGAAAUUAGGUGGCGUUAUAAGAGACAAUGAGAAGGUAACAGACAUCAAGCCUGGCCCUGUUGUAAGAGUCUCAACCUCUGUGGGUGUUUAUCAUGCUAAGAGUUUGGUGAUCACCGCUGGACCCUGGGCUAAUAAACUGCUGGCCAACACUGGUUUACAGUUGCCACUAGAGGUAGUGAAGAUCAACGUGUGCUACUGGAAGGAGAAGGUGCCUGGGUCCUAUGGCAUGAAGCAGCGCUUUCCCUGCUUCGUACAAACUGAAUGCUUGGAGUCCAAAGUGCAUAUCUACGGACUUCCAUCCAAUGAGUACCCAGGGCUGAUGAAGGUAUGCUACCAUAUGGGCAGCAAGACAGACCCAGACCAGAGAGAUUUGCAGAAAGACAAGUCUGAUAUUGAGAUUCUCCAGCAUUACAUCGCCCGCUGCUUUCCUGGCCUCGUCCCUGAACCUGCUAUAGUGGAGAGCUGCUUGUAUACGCUUACGCCUGACCAUCAUUUUGUGCUGGACUACCACCCUGCGUACAGCAACAUCAUGAUUGGAGCAGGAUUUUCAGGUCAUGGCUUCAAGUUUGGACCAAUCAUUGGCAAGCUUCUGUGUGAACUCAGCCUGGGAGAAGUGCCCUCCUAUGACCUUUCACCUUUCCACAUAAGACGCUUCCAGUCAAAGACUAGAUCAGCUUUAUAGAUCUGCGACACAACGAGUCUUUUAUAAUAAUAAUAACAGCUGAAUUUUAGUAAUUUCAUUUAAUUACUACGUUUAAAUUCUAUGAUUGUAUUCUUUGUAUGUUUUGUUUUUUGACACUAGGUGUAAUCACAUGUGUAGCAUUCAAGCAUGAUGAAUAUGUGUGCUGUUAUCCAUGUAACUAGGCUAUAGUCUAAUUUUUCUCAUAAUCUGAUUUCAAAAUAAUAUUUUGUCAUUUCCAUAAUUACUAUACAAACAUUAUAGAUGGGCUCUAUCAAUCCUCUCAUCUAUCUCUCAUCUCUCAACCAGUGUUGGUCAAGUUACUUGAAAAAAGUAAUCAGUUACUAAUUACUGAUUACUUCCCCCAAAAAGUAAUCCCGUUACUUUACUGAUUACUUAUUUUCAAAAGUAAUUAAUUACUUAGU